AUGAAUAUCAACGUGCCUGAAAGGACAACAUACCAGGAAUCUGCAUUGCUCCUCCUCUUCCUCACCGCGGUGCACGUCACGGCAGCAACUGUUCAUGAGCAUUCGCAGUGCCUCGACAACCCGCCGGACAUGUCGUUGCGCGGCGUGGAAGCUGGCGAGGUCGUAGAUGACCUUCCAGGGGGGUUCAGCGCCUAUGUCACCGGCCCCUCCAAGUCCAGCCAUGCCGUCGUCCUCGCCUCGGAUGUCUACGGGUUCGAGGCACCGAUACUGAGAAAAAUAGCCGAUCAAGUUGCCGCAAAAGGAUACUAUGUUGUGGUGCCUGAUUUCUUCCACGGUGAUCCUUACAACGACAGUAAAAUCCUUUCAGAAUGGAUCAAAUCUCAUUCCCCAGUCACAGCUGCUCAAGAUGCCAAGCCACUCUUCGCUUCUUUAAGAAACAAAGGAAAAUCCAUUGGGGUUGGAGGUUAUUGCUGGGGUGGAAAAUUUGCCACUGAGAUAGCAAAAACUGACAAUGUAAAAGUAGCUGUCCUUUCUCAUCCUGCAUAUGUGAUUGUUGAUGAUAUGAAAGAGGUCAAAUGGCCAAUUGAGAUCCUUGGAGCUCAGAACGACACAAUCACACCACCAGAACAAGUGCGUCAGUUCGACCAAGCAUUACGUCAAAGAAUGGAUAUUGAGUACUUUGUCAAGAUCUUCCCAAGAGUUGCCCAUGGAUUUGCUUGCAGAUAUAAUACCUCCGACCCAUUCGCAGUCAAAAGCGCUGAACAAGCUCUUGCUUACAUGCUCGACUGGUUCCACAAAUACUUGAAGUGAAGACAUGCCUUGUGUGUACACGAUUGUUUCGAAUGAAUAAAACAGAAGAAGUAUAUUUUUUCUUGCGUCUAGAUUGUAAACUUGCACACCAGUGAAAGUGGGAUAAGCAUGCAUUGUUCUAUCCUUGUCA